AUGACGGUUCCAGAGCCCCCGACUAAACUCACGGGGCACUGCUCGGUCAUCUACAACAACACGCUCUAUGCCUACUCGCCCGACGCAUUUCUGUCGAUCCCGCUCCAAAGAAAUGGUAAUUGGACUACAUUGGAACCUGCCAAGGUGAAUGUCACCGGCGCAGCUUGUGUCACCGGUGCAAUUGAUGGAAACAAAGAUGACGAUGGACUUUACAUGAUCGGCGGGACCGGUGCCUCGUCCGACUAUUCCGGCCUUCAGCGAUACUCCUUCACCAAGAACGAGUGGAGAACUCUACAGUCCAAUACGACUUCCAUGAAGAAUCUGUUAUACCAUGGAGCCGCGUACAUCAAGUCAAAUGCGACGAUCUUGGUCUACGGUGGUAGCGUGGAUUCCAAGGCGGCAUCUUCUUCGACCUUUACCAUCUCUACGGUAUCUCCCUAUGUCAUCUCAUCUCAGACCGACGGCGGUGCCCCAGCAGCUCUCAGCCCCAUGCUUCUCCCCUGGAGCGAUUCGGAGGUUGCCCUGGUCGAUUGCCGGGGGGGGUGGGCAAACUCAGGAGCAAGCUUGCCCGAUGCCGUGCCGUCGGAUAUUCACUGUGCUCUUGUCAAGUCGGGUAAUAGCAAAAUCCUGGAGGCCUUCGAUAUGAGCGCCUCUCCGAAUACCGUGACAAGCUACGCUGUAGUCAAAGAUGGGACAACCCAGAGCCCAGCUGGUCAAGUGGGAGUUCCGUCUACGAAGGGCAGCUCGAGCGAUUACCCGACCUACAACAGCACAUUCGCGUCAACCAUGACACGUUCAAAUUACGCGCUUGCUCAAGGUGACGACCUGAUUGUGAUAUCCAGUGGCAAGGGGGAUGACUCCCUCGCCAUCUUCAACUCAACAGCCAACGGCUGGGUCAACACAACCGAACUUUUCUCUGGUAGCGGUACACAACAUGUAUUAAAACCAAACACCACUAUUUCGACCACUGCUACGACGCCUACAGCCACCUCCUCUCCAACAGCGACUUCUCACACCGCCACAUCCACCCCCGCUACUGCUGCAGGUAGCUCCGGUGAGAACUACAAGGUCAUCAUUGGUGCUACUCUGGGCAGUGUCUGCGGAUUGGCCUUGAUCCUGCUCGUCAUUCUAUACCUGCUCAAGCGCGAAAGGCAAAGGAGAGAGCAGAGCGGCCAAGGAAGGGGAGGUGAUUACAAAGACCGACUCAGCUUCCAGGACCGGGGCAUAGAACCCCUGGCCAACGGUGGCUACCCCAUGGCAAGGAGUCCAGUUCCGAUGGCUUCGAUGUCGAAUGACUCGCUCGCCAUCAUGUCCGGGCGGGCUACCGGAGAAAAGGGAUUGGUGCCACCUUCUGCCAGUGUUGGCUAUGGGCUGGCAAAGGGCAAGAGCAGCCCGCUUUCCACAAUUCCAUCCAGUGGCCUCGCCCCAUCCAGUGUGUAUUCCGCGGACGUGCGUCAGUCAGUCGCCAGCGCUACCCCUGGCAACCAACCCGGCGAUCGAACCACAGACGAAGGGUGGGGCAAGUACUUCGAAGACGGUAACGCGACGAAUCUCGCUGGAAUGCAGUCCGAUCGCUCAACCGUCAGCUCCAUCUACACGAAAUCCGACUACCGCGGCAGCGGCUGGCCCAUGUCAAACCUGGCACCGUUGAAUUUUGGCUUCCUUGACCAGCCCCAGCCCCUAGGACAUGUGUACAGCGGUAGUCCAACGACCGCCAACCCGGCCUCGAGCCACAGCCUUGUGAUUCCGGAAGGGCAAUCCGCACGUAUCUCCAGCGCCAGCUCACUCAGUAUGGACUCCGAUGACGACCCCCAUGACACGAACUGGACCGGUGCAGGUCAGAACAGCUGGCUCGGCCGCCCAAGCAGCAGCAACUACACAACUAGCUUCUACAAUACUAGCACAAAUGACAUCCCGUCACAAGUUGGCCGCCAGCCAGGCAACAAUCGCCGGUCUAGCGUCAUCAUACCCGAAGAUAUUGACGAGCUCCCAAUGCAGGGUCAAAACACAAAUGUCAAUGCGGAUAUGAGCUGGCUUAACCUUCAAGGCGGUCGAUGA